AGAACUCCACUUCCGUGUUAGCUUUGCCCUCGUGCGAGACUCUGGUACUCAAUUUCUGAAGGUCGAGGCGUGAAAGAAAAACUCCGGAGGUCGAAAUGGCGGCGGCGGUGCGGCGAGCGGAGGAGCUGGUGGAGAGGGAGAUGGGCGGGCGCGAUGCCUCCCACGACGCCGCGCACGCGCUCCGCGUCCGAGACCUUGCGCUCUCGCUCGCAGCCGAAGAGGGCCUCUCCGCUCCCGACCGCCUCCUCACCGUGGAACUGGCCGCUCUCCUGCACGACGUUGGAGAUUACAAGUAUACCAAGAACAAUGUGGAGGAUAUAAGCGUCGUUGAGAUGUUUCUUCAAGAGGUAGGAUUGGAUGAAGGCCAAAAGGAUGAAAUAGUGGCAAUUAUUAAGGGGAUGGGGUUCAAAAAUGAAGUUUCAAAUAAAUCUAUUGUUGAGCCCACUCUUGAAUUUGCAAUUGUACAAGAUGCAGAUCGCUUGGAUGCAAUUGGGGCAAUUGGUAUUGCAAGAUGUUUUACAUAUGGUGGUAGCAAGAACAGCGCAUUACAUGAUCCUAGAAUUCUGCCACGUGAUAGCUUGUCGAAGGAAAAGUACAUGUCCAAGGAAGAGAAGCAGACAUCAAUCAAUCAUUUUCAUGAGAAGCUUUUUAAACUGAAGGACAUGAUGAAGACAGAGGCCGGGAAAAGGAGAGCUGAGAAAAGGCAUAGGUUCAUGGAGGAAUUUGUGGCUGAAUUCUACGAAGAGUGGAGUGGCAGGGCUUGAGGUUGAACAACCAGAUUUUGAGCCUGUGUCAAAGUGUGCAGUUGGCGAACCAUUUCUCAACAACCCAUGAUGAUGUUGUCUACCUGGCCUACUUUUUUGCCGAUGAAGCCAGGCAAAUAAACAAUGGUUUGUCCAGCCUAUUAGAUUGGCUGGACAAAUCAUACGGUCCUGUGAUAAGCUAUCAACCCACUACCAAUUCCGUGGAUGAAGCUGGAUUUUUUUUUCCAAACAGAUGCCAUGGCAUCUUGCUGCUGUUGUAUUGAAAUAAUACUGCUACAAUAUUACCGGUUACAUCACCUGAA